GUUUCAGUUUGGUUUGUAGACUUCAACCUCUGCCAGCAAACAUGCCAAAGGAAAAUCAAACAGAAAAUGUGGUGCGAAUCAGUCAUUCUCUCAAUGAGUCUGAGAAAGAUCAUGUGGGCAGCAGAAGAGAAUCAGUUCUUCAAUGUCUACUACAGCAUAACAUGCACUGUAAACUGGAGGAGGUACCCAAUAUUGCACUGUUGGGUUCAGGAGGUGGUGAGAGAGCUAUGAUGGGUUUAAUGGGAUCACUAGUCCAGCUGUAUAAAGAGGGUCUGUUGGACUGCAUGCUAUAUCUGGGCGGGGUUUCUGGAUCUACCUGGUGCAUGGCAUCUUUAUACAAAGAACCGGAUUGGUCCUGCAGGCUGGAGGAAGUGAAGAAUGACAUCAUACAGAGACUUACUGGUGGUGGAGUCAGUUGGAUGGACAAGCUGUCAAAACUUAUAAAAUACUACCAGAAAGACAAUUUCAGUUUGACAGACGUCUGGGCAGCAUUAGUAAUAAGUGAGAUUGUAAAAGAGAUAGAUGAGCGUCCUCUUUCCCAUCAGAGGAGUCAACACGGCAAAGAUCCUUAUCCCAUUUACAAUGUGAUCGAUAAGUGGAGCAAUCGUGCAAAAAUGGAAGCAGAUGUCUUUUUUGAGAUUACACCACAUGAAGUUGGCUACUCCAUCACCGGGGCCUUUGUAGAUUCCUCCUGUUUUGGAUGUCAGUUUGAUGAAGGGGUUACGAUCAAGAACCAGCUAGAGAUGGAAACGUUGUACCUGCAAGGUCUGUGUGGGAGUGUUUUUGCUGACGGUGAAAAAAUACUGAAGGAACUCUUAAAGAUAAUAAAGAAGCUCUUUUGGUUGGAGUCAGAUGCGAUGUGUAACCAGGCAUCUUCAGGAAACCAAUCGGACAUCCACUCGCUCAGCCCUUCACAUGUAAAACAAGUCUUCCAGGUGACUUCAACACUUGUGAAACUGAAUCUUAUGAUCUUCAGAGAUGAGGACCCUUCAUCUCACAUUGAAAUCCUGAAUGAAUUGCUAAAAGGAAAGCUGAACAAAGAGGAAACUGAGACAGAAAUUACCCUACAGAUGAUGUCAGAGGAAAUAGUUAGGAAGGGCAUUCAGGAAAAAACUCUGUAUGUAUGUGAGCAGUAUUCAGACUUGCUGCAGAAACAUCUGAAUUACAAAGGGGUAUGGAUGGCUGUUAUUAAAAGCAUUGAGUUAGUUACUUGUUGGAUCUGGGGCACAACAUAUAACUUUCUCUACAACAUGACCGCACAUGAGGUUUCUCCCCAUAUCCUAAAAGAGAAAACAAGGCAUUAUGAGGAUGCUGGAAUCUUCAUCAACUCUCCCUAUUUCUCAGUGUUGAGGAAAGAGAGACACAUUGAUCUGAUCAUCUCUCUUGAUUUUAGUGAUGAUGACGACCCAUUCGAGACAGUGGUUCAGACUGCUGACACGUGCAAAAAACUACUUAUCCCAUUCCCUGAUGUUCAAGUAUCUGAUGAGGACAAACGCUCUCCAAGAGACUUUUAUGUGUUUGAAAGCCCCAAUUCACCGACUGUGAUUCAUAUUCCUCUUUUCAACAUUAUUAAUUGUGCAGGAGAAUUUACAAAGUGGAAGAAAAGAUACAAAACCUUUCAGCUACCCUACAGCGAUGAAAUGAUCCAUGAUUUGCUGGAAAAAGCUGAGAUGAACAUUAAAAAUAACAAAGUGAACCUACUGAGAGAGAUUCAGAAAAUCAUUAAUAGGAAAUCAACCAAUCUGGGCUAAGGUUUGUAUUGUCACACUGGAGCUGUUCUAGAUCUUGGCUAAUAGAGGGCAGCACAGAGUAAGAAAGAGUAACAGGAACAAUUACUACACUUUUUCACAAUGCCUUUCAUUUAUCAUAUACAUUUUAGUGUAUAAUUGUUUUUUUAUUAUUAUUUGUCAUGAAUUUAAACAUUUUUAUACACAUAUCUUACGACACAAGUAUUGAUUACAUACUACCUAAGAUGCUAAUUUUAUUGUAGUUGCACGUAUCACAAUAGAAACAAAACAUCAUGUGAAAAAAACGUUCAAAACUAACAAAGCAUUUAUCGAUUAAAAUGUUUAUUGUUAAAUCAUUUAUAUUAAAAAAUUGUUCGUUUUCCGGACAGGGCUUAUCCUAGUCCCAGAGUAAAAUGCAUGUUUAAGCUGCUUUAAUUUCAAAACACCUUGCACUGAUGUAUCAUAACAUAUAUCAGUACCAUUGUUAUGUCUCAAGAUGCACACCAGUAUAGUUUUAGAUUUGUUUGUAAAAACUACUUAAAAUAAGUCCUGAAUGAAUCUAAAGCCUGUCUGAGAAUGUGCAUGGGUUGCUGGGAAACCGCCCCAUUAAGUUUCAAGCUUGAUCAAAUAAAAAAAAUGCUCCUGCAUAUAAAGCCAA